AGAUAUUCAUCAGCCCCCUGCUUCCUUCUUCCAGCAUUGCUUUCUCUCUCCCUCUGCGUUCCUGGCGCGGCUCGCUCUCCCUCCCUCCGGCUUCUGUUCGCUGUGACUCCUCUCAGCUGCUUAACUACAGCUCCCACUGGAACUUGCACAAUCAAAAACAGCUCUCGUCGCGAGCAGCUUCCAGAAGUGCAGAGAGACUGGUUUCAUCUCACCCGCCGCAGAGCAGCCAGGUAGCUGGGGAGCGGGGAGGGGACACCUUGCUCCCGCUCUGUAGCAGGCGGAGCAUCUCCCCAGAGCGUCGCUGUAUCCGGCCGGCCAGCCCGGGAUCCUGUAGCGGUGAUGGCGACGUUUUGGAACCACGAUAGCAAAAGAAAGCCCACCGCGGGUGGCCACUAAAAGUGGGGAGAGCUUGCUGCAGUAGCUGGUGCUGCAGAAUGUGCGAGUGAAAAGGUCAGCCCCGCACCUUUCUCCAUCCCCUUCGGUCAUCCUUAACUGUCUCCUGGAGGGAACGCAAGGAUUAUCAGAUGCACUAAGCAAGCGGGUGUCACCCAGGAUCUAUCACUGUGAACUCAAUCCUGUGGAAAAUGGUAAACAAAGACAUGAAUGGAUUCCCAGUCAAGAAAUGCUCAGCCUUCCAAUUUUUUAAGAAGCGGGUACGGCGAUGGAUCAAGAGCCCAAUGGUCAGUGUGGACAAGCAUCAGAGUCCCAGUCUGAAGUACUCGGGGCCCUCAGUAGUACACAUUCCUCCAGGGGAGUCAGACUUUGAGUCUUCCUUGUGUCAGACAUGCCUGGGAGACCAUGCUUUCCAAAGAGGCCUCCUCCCUCCUGAGAAGGAGUCAUGUUCAUGGGAAACCCAAUCCGACAGUGAAGUGAAAGAGCCAUGUAAUCAAGCUAAUAUCCUGACCAAGCCCGAUCCAAGAACCUUCUGGACUAAUGAUGGCUCAGCAUUCAUGAAACAGAGAAGAAUGGGUCUGAACGACUUUAUUCAGAAGAUUGCCAACAACUCCUAUGCUUGCAAACACCCUGAAGUCCAGUCGAUUUUGAAAAUCUCUCAGCCUCAAGAGCCUGAGCUUAUGAAUGCCAACCCUUCUCCGCCGCCAAGUCCUUCUCAGCAGAUCAACCUUGGCCCAUCGUCUAAUCCUCAUGCAAAGCCAUCGGACUUUCACUUCUUGAAAGUAAUUGGGAAAGGCAGUUUUGGAAAGGUUCUUCUAGCAAGACACAAGGCAGAAGAAGCAUUCUAUGCAGUCAAAGUUUUACAGAAGAAAGCGAUCCUGAAAAAGAAGGAGGAGAAGCAUAUUAUGUCUGAGCGGAAUGUUCUACUGAAGAAUGUGAAGCACCCUUUCUUGGUGGGCCUCCACUUCUCUUUCCAGACUGCUGACAAGCUGUACUUUGUCCUAGACUACAUUAAUGGUGGCGAGUUGUUCUACCAUCUCCAGAGGGAGCGCUGCUUCCUGGAACCUCGGGCUCGUUUCUAUGCUGCUGAAAUAGCCAGUGCCUUGGGUUACCUGCACUCUCUGAACAUUGUUUAUAGAGACUUAAAACCAGAGAAUAUUUUGCUAGAUUCCCAGGGACACAUUGUCCUAACUGACUUUGGGCUUUGCAAGGAGAACAUUGAACACAACGGCACGACAUCUACCUUCUGUGGCACACCUGAGUAUCUGGCACCGGAAGUGCUACAUAAGCAGCCUUACGACAGGACGGUGGACUGGUGGUGCCUGGGGGCCGUUUUAUAUGAGAUGCUGUAUGGUUUGCCUCCUUUUUACAGCCGAAACACCGCUGAGAUGUAUGACAACAUUCUGAACAAGCCCCUCCAGCUGAAACCUAAUAUCACCAAUUCUGCACGUCACCUCCUGGAGGGCCUUCUGCAGAAGGACAGGACUAAGAGGCUCGGUGCCAAGGAUGACUUUAUGGAGAUUAAAAGUCAUGUCUUCUUUUCCCUAAUUAACUGGGAAGAUCUCAUUAAUAAGAAGAUGACUCCACCUUUUAACCCCAAUGUGAGCGGGCCCAGUGACCUGCGGCAUUUUGAUCCUGAGUUUACUGAAGAGCCCGUCCCCAACUCCAUUGGCAGGUCCCCUGACAGUAUCCUCAUCACAGCCAGUGUCAAAGAGGCUGCCGAGGCGUUUCUGGGCUUCUCAUACGCACCUCCCAUGGACUCUUUCCUCUGAACAGUCCAGAGGUUACUUGUGAAGGAUUUCAUGUGUGUUUCUAAAUGUUUAGUAAGCGUUUUGGUGGAGCUGCCAGCUGACAGGACAUCUUCAAAGAGAAUUUGCACAUCUCUGGAAGCUGGGCAAUCUUCAUUGCACACUGUCUGCUGGAAGCUUUCGGAAGAGCACAUCCUCCUUGGAGUGGGCUCAUGAGGCCGUCACUUAUCUUCUUCCUUCCAACAUGGUGCUAACUCUGAAAUGAGCAUUCGGGUGCCGCCUCAGACAGAUGCAGUGGUUGGUUCUAAGGAAGACACUGUUCUAGAAGCAUCUGAGGAAGGUCUGUCUGGGCUGUGAGGCUGUGAUGAUGAUGAAAUGUGCCUUUUCUGAUGAGAUCAUGUUCGCUCCAAAGCUUUGCCUAUUGCAGAGUUCCAGUUCUUCCUUUCUCAUGGGUUUGCUGUGUGAGCAGUGGUAUGUGUGCUUGAUCACAGAUGGGUUGCGUUAUAAGCAUCAAUGUGACACUUGCAGGACACUACAACGUGAGACAUUGUUUGUUUCUUCCAUAUUUGGAAGAUAAAUUUAUGUGUAGACUGUUGGGGUGUUUUUUUUUUUUUUGGUAAAAUAUACUUAAUAACUAAAAUUUAUUGAAACGGUCUUGCAAUGACUUGUACCCAGAUGCUUAGAGAAAGCAUUGCUGCUACAGAUAUUUCUAUUUUUAGAAAGGUUUUUAUGGACCAAUGCCCCAGUUGUCAGAGCUGUUGGUGUUUCAUUGUUUAAAAUGUCACCUGUAAAAUGGGCAUUAUUUAUGGUUUUUUGUUUUUUGUUUUUUUUUUUUUUUGCAUUCCUGAUAAUUGUAUGUGUUGUAUAAAGAAAAGUCUGUACAUUGAGUUAUAACACUAGUAUAUUUAAACUUACAGGCUUUAUUUGUAAUGUAAACCACCAUUUUAAUGUACUGUAAUUAACAUGGUUAUAAUAUGUACAAUCUUUACUUCUCCCCUGCCACACAACUUUUUUUGUGUGUGAUGAACCAGUUUUGGUUUGCAAUAAAACCUUGAAAAAUAUUUACAAA